AUGCAGAAACCUCCGGAGUGCAAGUUGACUGAAAUGGGCACUGAAUACAUUGGGAGGCAGAACAUGGACGUAUCAGGUUCUCUAUGCACCCCUUGGAAAAAUGCUUUCAGCAGUCUCACUGAUAUGUAUCAAGCUAUACCUGAUUCAAAGGGCAUGGAGAAGGAGCACAACUUCUGCCGCAACCCAUAUGGAGAAUUUGAUGUUCCCUUCUGCUAUGUCAAUAAUGAAAUCAAAGCCUGCGAUGUUCCCUUCUGCCCAGAUGUUGUAGAAGACACCACAGGGAAUGUUGGCAACGAGGGGAAUGUGUACCCUGAAUGCCUUCUGUCAAAGAAAGGGAAGGAAUACGUAGGAACCAUGAGUAUCACCGAGACAGGAAAAGAUUGUCUUCUGUGGGCCAACCAAGUUGAUGACAUGCCUUGGGAUUUCUACAUGACACAAUUUGAACCAAAAGACGACUCAUGGAAAAAGUUGUAUUAUGGCUAUGAAACAAGAUACUUGUUCUUGAAUGAUCCGCCAAAUUGCAAGCUGACGGCUAUGGGAGGAGAAUAUGUUGGAAAACAAAAUGUCACCAUUUCUGGCCUUUCUUGUCAACCCUGGGUGACAACAUUUUCCGCGAGUGAAAGGUUGAAUUACGCGGCAACUUCGAUGUUCCCUGAAGAAAUUGACUCAACUAACAACUUUUGUCGCAGUCCUAGCCCAACUAGUCCCAACGAGCGAAGUCCUUGGUGUUACAUAGAACCUUUUCCCGACGGGAAAUGGGGGUAUUGCGAUGUUCCCUUUUGCCCCAAAAAUGAGGGAGAAGAAUGUGACAUACGAGUCGAGGGAAAAUGCGUCGUU